AUGGCUGGGCCAGGGUUUCAGGGCAACCCUGCCAAACCUCUCCUGUUGCUGCUGCUGCUACUGCUGCUGGCCCAGGCCCUGAUGGAAGGACCCUUGGUGUUCGUGGCUCUGGUGUUUCGUCAUGGUGACCGGGCCCCACUGGCCUCCUACCCCACAGACCCACACAAAGAGGCAGUCUCCACCCUGUGGCCACGUGGCCUGGGCCAGCUGACUGGGGAAGGGGUCCGCCAGCAGCUGGAGCUGGGACGCUUCCUGAGGAGCCGCUACGAGGCCUUUCUGAGUCCUGAGUACCGGCGGGAGGAGGUGUAUGUUCGCAGCACGGACUUUGACCGGACACUGGAGAGUGCUCAGGCCAACCUUGCUGGGCUGUUCCCCGAGGCUGCCCCGGGGAGCCCCGAGGCCAACUGGAGGCCAAUUCCAGUGCACACAGUGCCUGUUACUGAGGACAAGCUGCUGAGGUUCCCCAUGCGCAGUUGUCCCCAGUACCAUGAACUGCUGCAGGAGGCCACUGAGUCUGCUGAGUACCAGGAGGCCCUGGAGGGCUGGACGGACUUCCUGACCCGCCUGGAGAACUUCACGGGGCUGUCGCUGGUUGGGGAGCCGCUCCGCAGGGCAUGGAAAGUUCUGGACACGCUGAUCUGCCAGCAAGCCCAUGGUCUUUCCCUCCCAUCCUGGGCCUCCCCGGAUGUCCUGCGGACACUUGCCCAGAUCUCAGCUUUGGAUAUCGGGGCCCAUGUGGGCCCACCCAGGGCAGCAGAGAAGGCCCAGCUGACAGGGGGGAUCCUGCUGGAUGCCAUCCUUGCCAACUUCUCCCAGGUCCAGAGCCUGGGGCUGCCCCUCAAGAUGGUCAUGUACUCAGCUCAUGACAGCACCCUGCUGGCUCUCCAGGGGGCCCUGGGCCUCUAUGACGGGCACACCCCGCCAUAUGCUGCCUGCCUUGGCUUUGAGUUUCGGAAGCGCCUUGGGGAUCCGGAUGAAGAUGAAGGGAAUGUCACCAUCUCCCUCUUCUACCGCAAUGACUCCACCCGUCUGCCUUUGCCCCUCAGCCUCCCUGGGUGCCCAGCCCCUUGCCCACUAGGCCGCUUCCAGCAGCUGACUGCCCAGGCCCGGCCUCCGGAUCACGGGGUCCCCUGCCAUGGCUCGUAUGAGCCUGCCACCCUCUCAGCCACCACAGUGCCUCUACUUGCUGGAGUUGUGGCUGUGCUAGCAGCUCUCACCUUGGGACUGGGCCUGCUGGCCUGGAGACCGCGCUGCCUGCGGGCUUGGGGGGGCCCUGUGUGA